AAAAAUAAAGUAAUAUAAAUAUAUAUAUUACUUUAUUGUUAUUCUUUUAGUAUUUAUAUUAAUCUAUACAUUUUUUUUAAUUCUCUUAAUAUCAGCUUUUUAAUUUCUUUAAUAUCCGGAAAAAGGGUUUAUAUAAAAAAACAUAGGUUAGAGCUGCAUUGCUUAAAAAUUAUCUCUCUGUUUUUACGUGGAUAUAAAUAUGACUCCUCUUAUUUCAUGGAUUUUAUUCCUUGGUUUUUCAGGAACAGUUUAUAUUGCUUUAAAGGGCGUACCGUGCUUAAGAUUUUCUUUAGAAGAUAAGACAAGAUCAGAUAGGAUUGAAGGAGAGAUAUUAGGACAAAAAGUACGUAAGAAGCGGCGUCUAGCUUUAGAUAAAGUGUUAUUGGAGGAAACAGUGGCAAAAUCUCGAAAUGUAUGCGUACGAGAAAAUACUAGUCAAAUAGAAGAAGAUCCUAAUACUAUAUCAAAACAACCUUUAUAUGCGUCAAAACCAUUGGCGCGUGGGCCAAAAAGCCCUAUGUAUGCGUCAUUGUAUGCGUCUCUAGAUGAUGAGAAUGGAAUGGAAUUAUCAGAGUCUAAAAAGCAUGAAGAGUUCUCAUCAGCAAAGAAAUCAGUAGAGUCGGGUACAUUUAAACAAUUAAUGGAUAAUGAUAAUGUAAAAACAAAAAAACAAAAGCAAAAUGCAGUAAAACGCGAAAAACAGAAGCUAUUAAAGGCUCGUAUUGAAGAAGAACGGCUUAGAAAUUAUCGUGUUCAUCAGAAAACUCUUGAGGAAGAACGGCUUAAGGCGCUAGUUCGUCAAGCAUCAAGUUCGGCUUGGAAUUCGCAACCAGAAUCGGGAGAAUGGAUAGUGGUUGGUGGUAAGGGGAAUCGUCACGCAACUUCAGUAUUUGCUACAACAGCUGGGUAAACGAAGAUGAUGAUAAUUGGAUGAGAUAUGCGGAUUUUUUCAUUACUUUUUUCUGUAUAUAGUGGAGAGGUUUUUUUUUGAAAAUUUUAAUCUUAAUUUAAACAACGUUUAAAUAGAUAUUUUACAUUAAUUUAAUAUACAAUAAGGGUUAUGGAUUUACUAUUUGAGG